AUGUCGACACCGCUUUGCAUCGAGUGCUCUAAAUUCGUUAACGAGGUUGAAGAAACGAAGAGUCAGAAUGAACACCCUACUGUUCUUAUUGCCUCCGACAUACAUGCUCUUCGGGAAAAGGCGCAAAACGGCUGUCAGUUGUGUCGAAAUAUCUACCAGUGCUCUUUCUACAGAACCAGCAUCUCGUGGGAUUUACGUUACCAAACAAAAGCCAUUCACUUACGAAUAUGUUGGGCGGAUCAAGGCAGAGGAGAUACAUAUUUGAGGAUCUGCUACGGUGAGGAUGGUGUGUGGAAUGAAGUACCAUUAGCGAUGCGAGAUGACAGGUGCGAAGCCCCUGAUGCAUCAUGGUCACAAGUUGAAAGGCCAAUACUGGAUAUUUGUUCAAAUGAGGGUCUUCAAGACGCGGCCGAGCUAGCCAGAACCUGGAUACUCGAGUGUCAUAAUUCUCAUAUGAAUUGCCGCAGGGCUUCAAGGUCCCAAAACAGGACAAAAGUCCUGCCAACAAGAGUUAUUGAUGUUGGGUCCCUCGAUGGACAAGGCAUUCCCAAGUUGUUGGUUCCUCAGCAACCGGUCCAAGACAUGGAAUAUGCUGUAUUGAGCUAUGCAUGGGGCUCUGAUCCAACCUUUGCAAAAACUACAGCGUCCAAUAUCCAUCAAAUGACUACAUCACUUCCCUGGAAUAGUCUUGCAAAGACUGUACAGGACGCAAUCAUAUUUACAAGAAAGCUUGGGAUUAGGUACCUGUGGGUUGACGCAUUAUGCAUCUUGCAAUCCGAGGGACCGAACGAUGAGCAGCAUAAAACCGAUUGGUCUUACGAAGCAGGAAGGUUUGGUGACUACUACGAAAACUCUGUUUUGACAAUUGCUGCGACCGGCGCUACGUCGGCUAGUCAAGGCCUGUUUUUACCCAGACCGGCUUUGGAAUUCAAUUCUCAACCUCUUAUAUUCUCACAGACUUAUAGACGCCUCGUUACUCAACGGCCAAUUCCCUUCUGGGAGAGCGAGAUACGCAAUUCUCCGCUCCUCUCCAGAGGUUGGGCUAUCCAGGAGAGACUUCUCUCGAAACGAAUUCUGCAUUUUGGUUCUAAUUGUCUUUCAUGGGAAUGCCAAGGGUGCCAGGCUAUUGAAGCAAUACCUCAUCUCACAAUCCCAAGCAAAUAUGAUUAUAUGGGGAGAUCGUUCCCCACCGAGUUCAACGAUUUGGAGAAUUGCAAUGAACGCAGCAUUAUAGAUGCGUGGUACGAUUUUCUUGAGUUAUAUUCACUCACAGACUUCACUUUUGCUCGUGAUAGGCUUCCAGCUCUAUCAGGCAUCGCUUCAAGGCUUCAAACCCGCCUUUCCCAGAAGUAUAUCGCAGGUAUUUGGGAGUCUAGUAUCGCAAAAGGCCUCACUUGGUUCACUCAUGGAACGUCCCGCCCAAACGGUGAGGGUCAAAACUCAAACCUCAACCUCCCGUCUUGGUGUUGGGCGUCUACUGGAGGACCUGUGACAUUCUCCUUUCAACAUGGUUACGUCUACUGGGAUACAAUGGUCGAGGUGGAGUCAUGGUCAGCUGAGACAGAUGGAGCAGAUGUUUCGGGUCAGAUCUUGCGUGCCAGUAUGCGCAUCAGUGGUGGCUUGAAAAUGAUCAACCUGUCCGAAGUACAGCUCUUUGCUCUCAGGGACUUUGAUAGUGUUGCUCCGUGGCGGGAAGAGAUGUCCGAAAGCUAUAACGAGGCGGUAGAGCGAGGGCUUUAUCAGCACGUAUUCAUCGACGCCGAGAAGCAUGUCACCAGUAUCCGUAGCGAACCCCAACCUUGCCUGCUAGUUGGGACGGUAGAGACUCACGCGAAGGAUUUAAGAGGGGGGUCAAUAGUGGAAGUAGCAACAGCGCUUAUACUGAGAUCCACUGGAAAUCGUGUCGGGGAUGUUGAAGAGUAUACUAGGAUUGGACUUGUGCGCCUUCCAUUCGCGGAUUACUGGUCUCAUGAUCAAGAGACAACGACAGUCGAACUUGUUUAG